AUGGAGAAAAAGAGGGAUGAGAAUCCGCCGUACUCCCGCCAGUGGAGCAGCGAGUCCGGGGUGUCGUCGCCGGCGCGUGGAAAUCACGGUCGGUCUUCGUCGGUGAGCGGCAUUUCCAACAUUAAGCGAACUCAGAACUAUGCCGCUAAAGCCGCCGCUCAGCGGCUCGCUCAGGUCAUGGCUUCCCAAGCUGCCGCCGACAACGACGACGAUGAUGACGGAGACAAUGAAGAUGACUUAGGACUCCGAUUCAAUCCUCCCCUUCCUCUCUCCUUCUCCAGGCCCGUCAAAACUAUCGGCGUUAACAAUAACAGUAAUAGUAGCAGCAGGCCUGUGGUUCCGGCUCCUAAGAUCAGUAGAUCUUCUUCGGAUGCGGUCACUCAAAACUUAUUGGAUGAAGCUCCACCAUCUCGCUCAACAUCAACUGGAAGGCCAUCCAUGUCAAUUCGCACAGUGCCUUCACUGCCACCCAGUAGACCAUCGCUUAAGACUCCGAUGCCUAUACCACCAAUUGAUUCUCUUAGCAACAGACAAAGAGAGAAAAAGUUCUCACCAGAUUUGCCACAAUUAAACUUAAAAGAUACUGGAGAUGAGCGCGCGUCUUCUGCCCUUCGUGAUGAACUUGAUAUGCUACAAGAGGAAAAUGAGAGUUUUCAAGAAAAGCUCAGAAUUGCAGAGGAUAGUUGCGAGGAAGCUGAAGCUAGAGUUAGGGAGCUUGAGAGACAGGUAGCUGCACUUGGAGAAGGAGUAUCUUUGGAAGCUAAACUUUUGAGCAGGAAGGAAGCUGCAUUGAGGCAAAGAGAGGCUGCGCUUAAAGAAGCAAAGCUGUCAAAAGAUGGGAUAGAUGUGGAACUGGCAUCCUUGCAAUCUGAGGUUAAGAUUGCAAAAGAUGAGGUUGCAACUGCUGUUAAUCAGCUACAGGGAACUGAGUCUGAAGUUAAAGCCCUGCGCAAUAUGACGCAUAGGAUGGUUUUGACCCAACAUGAAAUGGAAGAAGUUGUCCUUAAAAGAUGUUGGCUUGCAAGAUACUGGGGUCUAGCUGUUCGUCAUGGCAUCUGUGCAGAUAUUGCUGUAUCAAAGCAUGAAUACUGGUCGUCUUUCGCACCUCUUCCUUUCGAAAUUGUUUUAUCGGCUGGACAGAAGGCUAAGGAAGAAUACAGGGAAAAAGGUAAGGAAAAUCUGCAGAAUGACAAACUUGUCCUGGAUUUAAAUGAUCUCACUGGUGAAGGAAACAUUGAGAGUAUGCUAACAGUUGAAUUGGGCUUAAAGGAACUUGCUUCAUUGAAGGUUGAAGAAUCCAUUGUGCUUGCAUUGGCUCAACAACGACGUCCAAACUCUGCUCGGAUAUCCAUAUCAGAUCUCAAGUCCCCGAGUGAUCCAAAGUUUAUGGAAGCUUUUGAAUUGAGCCCUGAGGAGUCUGAGGAUGUCCUUUUCAAGGAGGCAUGGCUUACUUAUUUUUGGAGAAGAGCCAAAGCUCAUGGUAUAGAGGAGGACAUAGCCAAUAAGAGACUUCAAUUUUGGAUUAACCGUAGUGGGCAAUCACCGACUUCACACGAUGCUGUUGAUGUUGAGCAAGGUUUGAUGGAGCUAAGAAAACUGGGUAUUGAACGGCGACUUUGGGAGGCAUCACGCAAAGAAAUCGACCAGGAUCCUUCCCUUCAUGAUGGUCAGAUGUCUGCUGUGCAAUCCAAACGAUCUACUCGCUAA